AUGCGAGCCUCCGCGGUACUUCUUUUCUCUGUCAUUUGGCAUGUUCUCCCUACAUCUGCCAGUCUGAACACGCCGCUAAGCGUGUCUGGCCGAUGGAUUGUCGAUUCCACGGGUGCCAACGUCACGUACGCCGGGACGAACUGGUCCGGGGACUUGCGGGCCAUGAUCCCCGAGGGCUUACAAUACGCGUCUAUCUCGUCGACGGUGUCGAAGAUCAAGAGUCUGGGGAUGAACGCGAUCCGGCUGACGUUUGCCACGGAGAUGGUCGACGAUAUCCUCGACAACGGCGGGGACGUGACGGUGAAGGAGUCGCUGGAUAUCGCUUUGGGCAGCGUCAACGGAUCGAAGGUGUGGGAUGACAUCCAGGCUAUGAACCCGCAGAUCACGGAGAGCACGACCCGACUGCAGGUGUUUGACAUGCUGGCGGCCGAGUGUGCCGCCCAGGACAUCUACAUCCAUCUAGACAACCACGUCUCCAAGGCCGAGUGGUGCUGCUCGGAAACCGACGGCAAUGCAUGGUGGGGGGACACGUAUUUUGACGUCCCGAAAUGGAAGCGGGGCCUGGAAUACAUGGUGGAACAUGCAAAAACAUGGCCAAACUACGCGAGCAUCGGGCUCCGCAACGAGCCUCGGCAGCCCGAAGUCGCCAACGCCGAGUAUCCCUAUACCUGGCAGACAUGGUAUGAGCAGAUGACGGACGCCGCACGGCUGGUCCACGCCGCGAACGCAGACACGCUCAUCUUCCUGGCCGGACUGGACUACGACACGACGCUGGCGCCGAUCCCGACGGGCGCGGCGCUGGACAGCGCCGGGACGGUCUUCAACCUGAGCAGUUUCGCGUUUGCAGACAAGCUGGUGCUGGAGAUACACAACUACGACACCUCUGCGACGAGCUGCGCGACGCUGGCGAGCGAGCUGUGGAGCGACGGCUUCGACGCCCUCGACACGACGGACUCGUCGGCCAUCGCCAACGUGAUGCCCGUCGUGCUCACCGAGUUUGGUUUCCUGCAGGACAGCACCACGUGGGAAGGCGUCUACGCCACGUGUCUGCGCGACUGGAUCCCGCAGAUACACGCUGGCUGGACCGUCUGGACCCUCGCAGGCAGCUAUUACAUCCGCGAGGGGAUCGAAGACUACGAUGAGACGUGGGUACGCACUAUCGUUCGAUUCACGCUAAUAAAGUAUUAUAUAUUAACUGCAGGCAUGCUGAACCACAAUUGGUCCGAUUGGAGAUCACCAGACGCGAUCGUGGAGGGCCUCGCUAUCAUGAUCGAUUCAUCCAGUACUAUUUAG